AUGGGUAAAAGCUACACUGUUGGUUGUUUUCAGUUAGUUUUACUUCCAGUGUGAGAGCAGAGGGGAAGAAAGAAAGAUUCUGAUAAAAAGGAAGCGAAAAGGAACUCAAUUCCAUAGCCAUUUUUCUUGGAAUCUUCAAAUCCGAUCACAAUAAUAUUACUUGUUUCUUUCUUCUUUCCGCCAUUGCCUCCGCUGUAAUCUACUAAUCUCCAUCCUUUCCAUUUGCCAACCUCUUGAAGGAGAGAAAGAUAAGGGAGGAUCAAUUUGAUGGCGGGUAGAGUGAUAACGGUGGCGCAGGAUGGCACCGGUGACUUCACCACCGUGCAGGCAGCAGUGGACAGUGUCCCGUUUGGGAACAACUUCCGAACUGUAAUCCGUGUUGCCCCAGGAGUUUACAGGCAGCCUGUGUACGUUCCCAAGACAAAAAAUUUCAUAACCCUGGCCGGUUUGCGGCCUGAGGACACCGUACUUACCUGGAACAACAACGUCUCCAGAAUCGAUCACCACCAGGGGGCAAGGUUGAUUGGGACGGGGACUUUCGGUUGUGGGAGUGUGAUUGUGGAAGGAGAAGAUUUCAUUGCUGAGAACGUCACUUUUGAGAACUCUUGCCCUCAGGGUUCAGGCCAAGCUGUGGCACUCAGAGUAACAGCUGAUCGCUGUGGUUUCUACAAUUGCAGGUUUCUUGGGUGGCAGGAUACACUGUAUCUGCAUUAUGGGAAACAGUAUCUGAAGGAUUGUUAUAUUGAAGGAAGUGUGGAUUUCAUUUUCGGCAAUAGCACUGCAUUCCUUGAACAUUGUCAUAUCCACUGUAAAUCAGAAGGCUUUAUUACUGCACAAGCACGAAAGUCAUCUCAAGAGUCAACAGGUUAUGUGUUUUUAAGAUGUGUGAUCACUGGGAAUGGGAAGGCAUCAUACAUGUAUCUUGGGAGACCAUGGGGUCCCUUUGGUAGGGUAGUUUUUGCAUACACUUACAUGGAUCAAUGCAUCAGACACGUGGGGUGGAACAACUGGGGCAAACCUGAGAAUGAGAGAAGUGCUUGCUUUUAUGAGUACAGGUGCUAUGGGCCAGGUAGUUGCCCUUCAAAACGAGUUGGAUGGUGUAGAGAGUUGAUAGACGAAGAAGCUGAUCAAUUUGUGAUGCACGGCUUUAUAGAUCCAAAUCCAGAAAGGCCCUGGCUUGCCCAAAGGAUGGCAGUGAGGAUACCACAUUCUGCCUAGCUUAUAGACUGUAACAUGAUGUAAACUUGUUGUGUGAUCAAUACAUGCCACAGGCGAAGGAAACCUCAAACUGCUCGGGGUCCCUCGAACUUAAAGUGGAAAUAAAACAUAGCCAAAUAGGUGCACAGAAGUUGUUGCUUGCUGCACUACAGCACAGCAGUAAAACGACAUUAAGAAGAAGAGUUCCGUCACGUAUGUAUGAGCUGUUUGCAGCUUGAGCAGAUUCCUCCUGGAGGUUUCAUUCAGAGUGAUGCCUAAAUCUUGCUCCCAAACAUGAUAAUGUAUCAUAAACCAUGCUUCAUGGUUUUUUGUAGUGAGAAGUAUGUUGUCCAAUACUUGGUAUCUUUUGUGCCCUGAAGUCUACUAUCCGAGCAGCUAAUGACCAGAGUUUGCCCUUUCUAUGGGCGAAAUUCUGCCGGCCAAUCAACUCCGUCCUCUAGG